GUUGGACAGCCGUGGUGAGCGCAAUUUCAACGUUUGAUUUAGUUAACAUAGUGACUAUUAUAAAAGCUAUUGCGGUUUGAUAAAUUCGUAUCAUUCAUUCAUUUACUGUUGAGUGUAUCUCAUCUCUUAUUAUUUAUCGUAAAGCUUAUCAAUCGCGCCAUUAUGUCUCUUAAGGUCAUCAUCGUUCUUGCUGCCCUAGUCGGUGUGAUUGCCGCUCAACAUUAUUAUCAAGCUCAGCAUCACGAGGAGGAACUCCACGGCCCAGUUCACUACGAAUUCAACUAUGACAUCCAUGAUGAUCACACCGGAGAUGUCCAUGGACGUAAGGAGGCUCGUAAGGAUGAUCAUACUCAGGGAGAGUACUAUCUGAUCGAUGCCGAUGGUCACAAGCGUACCGUUACCUACCAGGUCGAUGGCAAGAGUGGAUUCAUUGCUCAGGUUCAUCGUGAACCAAUCAAGGGAUAUCAGGCACCACAACAGAUUCACAAAAUUAUAGCGCCAGUUCACAAAGUACUUGCUGUUCCAGUGCAUCAUGAUGACCAUUAUUAG